UACCAUACAACACGUGAUAUGCACCAUGCGAAUCGCACGUCGUGACAAUCAAACUCAAACUGUGUUAAUUAAUCUAUAUUCUCUCUAAUGGACACCUUUGUUUAGAGAUCAUAUUCCUGAUCAUUACAGGAUACCAACAAAAUUGCUUUUAUAAAGUUUGAUAAAUUCUCUGUGCUCCAUAGAAUACGCCGUGUCGGAGGCCUUGCUUUAGCAGACAACACAGCUAGCCGAACAACAUCGCCGCGCGCCCCGAUUGGAACUAGGAGGUUAUUGUCCCCCGUUGCUACAGCCAGGCUGGAGCUGUGUGAGCUGUGUCUUCGUGUCGUCCGCGGUUGAUUCGGUCAUCUGAUUCUGGAGGGUUGAGCUGGAGGAGCUUUGUCCAUGUUGACUAUAUUACAACUGCAACUUCUUUAGAUAGACCUCUCAUCUGAUAUCCAUUCAAGAAUGGAAAUGGACACCAAGCCCACAGAAGAUAUGCUUAGAGAUACUCUCUAUCUCGAGCUCAGCGGGGAUACCAGUCAUGUGACGCUACCAUCUCUCAUCGUAAUCUUCCUUCAGCAGUACUGCCACUAUCAUAACCUUGACGUGAUUCUUGUGUGUGGAAGUGAACUAAAUCAGGAGGCAAAAGAUUCUUCAAAAGCUCCUCUAAAGUCUCAUCUAGAUCUGGGCCAUGAAGGAGGAGUUGAGCACAAGGAUACAAACAUAUCGACAUCUGAUGAUAACCUUGAUAGCAACUCUAUUCGCAGUGAUGAUGUCGGGCUCAAUCUUCUAGAAACACCAAAAAGCAUUGAGUACAGAGUACUGAAACAUGUCUGUCUCCCUCGUGUGGUGCAGGAUUGUCAGCUUCCUUGCAUAUUGCUACCAGGAAGACAGCUCUGUGUUUCCGGUCUGGCGAACGUCUUAAGACACAUAAUCCAAGCAGCGGUACCUUUGGAGCCACAUCGAAAUUUAGAAACCCUUCUUGGUUUCAGACAAACUUGCCUGAGAUGCUGUUCAGAAACCAGCAUCUGGACCAAGCUUUGUGAGGUGGACACCCCUCAAGAGGUCACCAACUUCCUCAAGAAUCCUUCAGAAGUGUCCUCUUGUCCUCUAUUUUUGAAUAAGUUUCAAGAAAUCUUGGCCCAGCCUGUGUCGACUCAUAAUUCUGAGAAAUUGAGAAGAAAACUGUUGAAGAGCAAGCAGAUGAGUGGUAACAGCAUCCAAGGAAGAGGAGAGUCUAAUGAAAAGAGGAAAACUGAUGAUGCUGGAAAACUGGAUGAAAGAGAAAAAGGAAAAGAUGAGAAAGGAAGUGGAUCAGAAAACAGUAAGAUGCAAAAGCCCUUAGAUGAUCCGGCUACAUCGUGUGAAGGUAAUAGUAAGGAGUUGACGUCUGAGUUCCAGUCCAAGAUGAACUUGGGUAACAAGAAAGAAAUUCGCAGGAGAAAAAGAGAACAGAAUAGAGAGAAUGCUGCAAUAGACAAAGAUCUUUCGAGAAAUUAUAUAACUGUAGAAACGAAGGCAGGGCAAACAUCAACUGAUGUGCCUGAUGGUGCUAUUGACAGAGUUGAAACAAAUGCAAGUGGUGAGAUGUCUUCUCAACCUGAAGGUGAAAACCAGAGAAGGAGAAAAAAAACAAAGAAUAAGAAGAAGAUUCACAAGGACUCUCUGCCAGAGCUCACUCAUCUAUUUGCACAUGGUGUUGAUGUCACUCUUGCCGAUUUUGCCUUGUUUAUUCCCAUCCACCUAUGGUUACACACCUCCAGUCUGAAUGGAACAGCCCACAGCGCUCCCAGGACUGUGCCUUUGGUCUUUGAGUGGUACCAGCGCAUGUGGGAUGUUCCAAGUGUGAGGCAGGUGGCAUCAACCUGUCUAGGGUUGAGGGAAGUGGAUAUUACAUCCCUCAAGGAAACAUCUGGUCAUUCUGGUGAUGAUGAUGCAACUGUCGGAGAAAACUCCAAAGCUGACAGUUACCUAUCGGAAGAAGAUGUUCGACCUCACGUUGGGAGUCUGGGUGUCAGUCGUGGUGUAGUGAGAGAGCGUCUGAAGAAGGUGUUACCGGAUGUGAUCCUGACGCUAGAGGAUCAGGGAUUGAGUGCAGGGUUCAUGGAUCACCCCUCUAAGGAUACAACUCUGGAUUGGAGGAACAUGGAUCCAGUUGUUAGCCCAAUAGAAGGUGAAGUUGAAGCCCGUCGAGCCAGAGGGAAAGAACAGCAGCUCGAAAGCAUUGUUACAGUGGUCCAGCAAAUAGCUCAUCCAGGUUCCAGAAUUCUUGACUUCUGCAGUGGUGGGGGCCACCUUGGUAUUGCUCUUGCCUACUGCCUACCAGGCUGUCAUGUGAUCAUGAUAGAAAACAAGGAAGAGUCAUUGAAGCGAGCGCUUGGUCGCGUCCAAACCUUAGGACUUCAGAAUGUCACCUUGUACCUGAGCAACAUUGAUUACUUCUAUGGACAAUUUGAUAUUGGGGUAUCUCUACAUGCCUGUGGAGUAGCUACGGACAUAGUUCUCAGUAAAUGUGUGAAGCAGGGAGCCUCGUUUGUGAGCAGUCCCUGUUGCUAUGGUUCAUUACAUAACACACAUCACCUGACGUACCCACGAAGCCAGGUAUUCAGGGAGAGCAGCAUCUCCAAGAAGAACUAUUUCUUGGUUGCUCAUGCAGCUGAUCAGACGUGUUGGGACUUUGACAGCAAUCUUUCUAAGCAAGGGAAGCGGUGCAUGGGUUAUAUAGACAGAGACAGAGCUGAGUUAGCCAGAGAGUAUGGCUAUCAUGUGACGAUAUGUUCAUUGAAACCAGAGACCUGUUCACCCAAGAACAACCUCCUGAUAGGGGUUUCCCCUCACAAACAGGGCAUCAAAGCAUGAUAAUCACACUCCUCUUCCUUUUAACUGUAAUCUAUCCAGAACCAAUUUUUUAUAUUUUUUAAAUGUUUUAUUUAAAUUAUGUACAGUAUUUUGUCUAUGGCAUGUAAUGGGCUCCUAAAAGGAUAUUUCCGUCAACCUGUUUAUAAUCGGAUUUAUUCAUUACAUCAUCAUUAAAAGUUAUAUUGUAACUUAAAAACUUGAAAUCUUUUUAAUUUCAUGUGAAAAUCAAAGUGUAUGGUCAAUAUUGUCAAUUUAGUCUUUUGAAACCUUUGAACUCUGGAAAAAAUUAGAUUCCACAUUUUGUCUCCAGUUUUAACUGAUUGUGCAAGCAAAUGCACUGUAGAAGGAGGAAAAGGGCCUUUAUUUUGUCAUAAAUACAGUACCGGUAAGUUGAUGGUUAACAGUUAAAUGAUUAAAAUGAAAUGAUUACAUUUAUUGAUUCAUCUGUCAUACAACAGAUAUUCUUAUUCCAUUGGUUAAACAAUAACAAAGAUCAUGUCACAGCAGAAUUAUAGUACAACAAAGAAAAGUACAAUGACAAAUAUACAUUAUUUGAUCGCAAAACAGACAAUAUUACUAAAGGGGUUUUAAGGAAGUUACAAAACCAAUGUGUGUCAGAAAAAUGAUACAGGAAAAAGGAAAUUCAUCUUAUAAACCCAUGUUAUCAUUAAUUCCAAGUAUUAUAUACCAUAUGAGAAAUUGUUAUUAUUAUAAGUGGAUAGUUACCAUGGCUACAAAUUUGUUAUGAUGUUGAUAUUGGUUUCCCAUGUUAGCAGAGUUAAAAAUCAUGUGGAGUGAAUGUACAUCUUUCCAGUGAUUCUCUCAAUAGAAGGUUGUCUAGAAUUCUAGUGAUAAAAUUGCCAGAACUUUUGUCUAUAAUACAGUGUCAUUACCAGAACUGAAGAUUAUGUAUUAAGCACUAUAUAAAAGGGGAAUAUUAUUAUUAUCAUUAGUUGUAAGUGAACUAAUUGACCUACUGAUCAGCUUGUAAUCCAAUCCAUUAAUUCAAUUCAAUAGCUUUAUUGACUUGUUCAGUUAUUUGUGAAGUACCAAAUAUUGAAUAUAAUUCUGUAUGAAAGUUGGUUAUUCAAGAUAUUAUCCUAUUUGUGAUGUAUAUAGAUUAUAGAUAUGUUAUUUCUUAUUAUGUUACUAGAGGAAUAGUGCCUGUCCAGGAAAGUAUCAUUUUGGUCAUUCCCAUCAAUGUGUCCUUUUUAUAUCAUGGAUUGGUCUAUUACUCACAUGGGUGUAAUUCAGAUUUUAUUUGUUUUAUUAUUUAACAUGAUGCUUGAAUGGUAUAUUACCAGUAUUGUUUUAUUAAUUUUAGUAUUUGUAAAGAUGAGGCCUUCGUCUGGGAAGACUACUAUGAAAUUGAAUGAAAAUAUUUUUAAGAUGUGAUGAACCUGCUAAUAAAAAAAAUUACAAAUUUUGAUUACAUAAAACUGGAGAGGGUCAAGGUUGAUGUCAUUUUUAUAUAUUAUCAGGUAUUUUUUAUACAUUUUCUCCUUUUUGGUGGGAAUGGGGCUGCAGAUAAUAUUUCAAAGGUUAUGUCCUCCUUAGCCCAAUGUGUUCAUAUCCAUGUGUGUAACCAUAAUCUUGAAUGAGUUAAGAUCAUGCUCAAGAUACCCUUCAGUGCUAGCUUCACUGAGGUAUCUUGUGUAAUGCAGUGUGACGUUUUGAGGGUAUCUUGACUAAAAAAAAAGGAACCUCUCCAUGUUUCCUUUCUGGAGACAUGUGAAAUGAAGGUUUAUUAACAAUUCACCACUUCCUAUGAUAGCUGAAGUUGUCAGAUUUUGUAUUUAGAGGAGUGUUUAGAUUCUGCUGGAUUAUACUUCAUGUGUGUCCAUAGCGGUAUAUGUUUUGCCAAGAUGUGCUCCAAAUUCUGCAUUGUCAUAGCAACAAUUUCCCAGGAAAAUCCCCCUCCUAGAACUCCCCCCCCCCCCCCUCCCCCCUGCAGCUGGUACAUUAUGUCAUGUAUGUUGUGUACAUUGUGUGACUAUAUAUGUACUUUACAUGUACAAUGACUGAUUCAUAAGUGCUGCAGAGUUUAAAAGUGCCUCGGAUUGCCAAGUCUCCUUAAAUAAAAUGUCUGCUGAUAAUAUCUUGAAAAUUU